CACGAGGACAUGCCACCGACGAACGCACCCUCGCGAGAGAACAGCAUCGAAUAGGAUGUCUCAGUGUCUGCAGACGGAGUCAGUGAAGAAAAGCAAAGUGGGUCAUUCUCCAUCGGUGACGUAGAAUUUUCACCGAAGCAUUAAUAAUCCCUGUCCGAUUUUCUCCAACUUUUCUCCAACUCCAACGCUUUUUCCCCAUGGCAAAACCCCGAUGAUUUCAUCUAUUUAACUUCUGGAUUCUGAGAUCUGACUUUUGGCGUCGCGAUUUGAGUUGACAUUCCGGAGAUUUUUUCCUCUCUUUUUUUUUUCACACCACGUACGGAUUUUAGAGAUCAUCGCGAGCAUAUAUACCACGCAAUGGCUACGAUUCAGCAAUGGAGUUCCCCUCUGAAGGGAUUGGAUUCGUUGAAGCUGUCGGAGGUGCCGGCAUCCACGCCGGGAAAGGGUGAGGUGUUGAUUGAGGUGCGCGCGGUUUCCUUGAACUAUCGCGAUGUUGAAGUCUGCAACGGCGAAUACACCCACCACAAAUCCGUCGGCCAACAAGAAACCGUCCCCUGCUCCGACAUGUGCGGUGUGAUCACCAAGGUCGGCGACGAGGUCAGCAACUGGAAGGUCGGCGACCGCGUCCUCUCCACCUUCCUCCCCGACCACCAGACCGGCCAGGUCACGGAGAAAGAACUCGCGCGCGGAACGGGUCUGCCCAUGCCUGGUUUCUUGGCCACCCAGCGCGUAUUCCCUGCGUACGGACUCGUUCGUGCGCCGAGCUACAUGAGCGACGAGGAGGCCAGCACGCUGCCCAUUGCCAGCGUGACGGCGUGGAUGUCCAUCAACGGCAUGAGGUCGAUGGGACAGAGCGGCGGUAAGGACGAGUAUGUCGUUCUUCAGGGCACCGGAGGUGUCGCGAUUGCCGGAUUGCAGAUUGCGAAGGCUGCGGGAGCGAAGGUCAUCAUCACAUCCUCCUCUGACGCGAAGCUCGAGCAAGCGAAGGCCCUCGGUGCCGACUUCACCAUCAACUACCGCACGCAACCGAACUGGGAAGAGGAAGUGAUGCGCGUGACGAACGGCCACGGUGCUGAUAUUAUUCUCGAGACCGGUGGCGCGCAGACCCUCAAGAAAAGCUUCGACUCUAUCGCCUUCGGUGGCCUCAUCAACUGCAUUGGCUAUGUUUCCGGAAAGGUCGAUGCGCCGGAGGAUCGCACGAACGUGAACCUGUUGGCGCUGCGACGAAACGUCACGAUCAAGGGUAUCAUCAAUGGGCCGAAGGACCGUUUCGAGGAGAUGGUGGGCUUCUAUGAGAAGCAUGAGAUCAAGCCGGUUGUGAACCGGGUCUUCGGGUUCAAGGAGGCAGAUCAGGCUUUCAAGUUCUUGGCGAGCGGAGGACAUUUUGGAAAGGUGGUUAUCAAGGUGGCUUAGAGAUUUCUGUAUAGCUUAUCGAAAUGGUAUAUACGAUGGCAUUUAUUCAGGAUGAAUGUUAAAGACUUUCC